AUGACUUAUCCCUUCAAGCAGGCGUACGAGGAGGGUAAAACUAUGUGGAAUAUCAACUUGCGUAUGAUGACGGGGAUUCAGGAAGGGUCAUUUCUUCAAAGCAUUGUGAGCAUGUCAAAAGCCAAGCGUGUUCUUGAAGUUGGUACGUUUACCGGAUAUGCAGCUUUGGCCUGCGCAGAGGUACUUCCGAAAAAUGGCGAGGCAAUCACGUGCGAAAUCGAUCCAUUCUUGGUGACGCUUGCAAAGUCGUUUUUCGAUAAAUCACCACAUGGGAAGAAAAUAAAUGUAAAAGUUGGCCCAGCAAAAGACACGCUGAGUAAACUAGCUGAUGAACGCCAACAGUUUGACGUUUGA